CGCCUCUGCACGAACAGCAAAUGCGCACGCGCAAUGACAUGAAUGGCCGCUGCACCUGACGGCCCACCAGGAAGUGUGGCGGACAAAUCCUCGGCCGUUAAUCCCCGCUCGGUACGGUGACCGGACAGUAGCAUGCGCAGCGGGCCGGAUCGCUCCCUCUGACCGUCGGAACCGUCUCCGCUCCGGACUCGGCCUCUGGAGUCGCGCCGCUGCGCAGUGAGUGCAUGCGGGCAGAGCGCGUGGGGCUGUGCGUGUCCCCCGUCCCCGCCUGUCGGGCUCCAGACCCGCUGCUGCUGAAGCUCCGUGAGGCUCCGUGAGGCUCCGUGAGGCUCCGGGCUCGUCCACCCUGACUGCAAUGGGAUGCUGCGGUAGCGCGGAGAGGACAAAGAGAGAAUGGAGACCGCUGGAGGACCGGAGCUGCACGGACCUGCCCUGGUUCCUGCUCUUCACCGUCUUCUGCGUCGGGAUGGGCAGCAUCUGCGGCUUCACCAUCGUCACCGGCGGCGCCGCUCGCCUCGUCUUCGGAUAUGACAGCUACGGAAACACCUGCGGUCAACGCAACGAGCAGAUCGAAGGCGUCAGGCUGAGCGGCCUCGACCACACCGACAGGAAGUUUGUCUUCUUCCUGGAUCCCUGCAACAUCGACAUCGUUCAGAGGAAGAUCAAAUCCAUGGCUCUGUGUGUGUCUCUGUGUCCCACCGAGGAGCUGAAGACCUACCAGGAUCUGAAGAGGUUCGCCAUGCUCAACGGUUCGGAGCUGUGUUCCUACGAGUUAGCAGGUCAUAAAUAUCCCGGACUACCCGAGAGGUUCUUGAAAUGUCCCAAACUUCCUGUUCCGCCCAGUAAGCCGCUGCCGGUGUUUAACCGCUGCACUCCGCUGGAUGUUUCCUGUUAUGCGAAGUUUGCGGAGGCCGUGGUGACGUUUGUCAGCGAUAACAGCGUCCUGCACCGACUGAUCGCCGGCGUCGCCGCCAGUAAAGAGAUCAUCAUCGGACUGUGUGUCCUCGCUCUGGUCCUCUCUAUGAUCCUCAUGGUGAUCAUUCGCUACAUCUCAGCCGUCCUCGUCUGGAUCCUCACCUCGCUGGUCGUCCUCGGAUCCCUCGCGGGGACCAGCGUCCUCUGGUGGCUCUACAUCGACCACCGGCUGUACGGGAACGACACCGCCACGAAGGUGACCAAGGAGGAGGCCAAGGAAGAGGUGGAGGUCAGCAGAGACGGCGGCCAGGCGCUGCUCGUCUACGCCGCAGCUGCCACCGUCUUCACCAUCAUCCUGCUGCUGUUGAUGCUGUUCAUGAGGAAGCGAGUCGCUCUGACCAUCGCUCUGUUCCACGUGGCGGGGAAGGUCUUCAUCCACCUGCCCCUGCUCACCCUGCAGCCCUUCGUCACCUUCCUCGCCCUCCUGCUCUUCUGGAUCUACUGGAUCCUGGUCCUGCUGUUCCUGGGCACCACAGGUAACCCGGUCCAGAACGAGGAGACGGGUCUGACGGAGUUCAGGCUGACGGGGCCUCUGCAGUACCUGACCUGGUACCACGCUGUGGGUCUGGUCUGGAUCACUGAGUUCAUCCUGGCCUGCCAGCAGAUGACUGUGGCCGGAGCCGUGGUCACUUACUACUUCACCAGGGACAAGAACCGGCUCCCAGUGACCCCGAUCCUGUCUUCAGUCCUGAGGCUGGUCAGGUAUCACCUGGGCACCGUCGCUAAGGGAUCCUUCAUCAUCACGCUGGUCAAGGUCCCCAGACUCGUCCUCAUGUACAUCCACAACCAGCUCAAAGGAAAGGAGAACGCGUGCGCUCGCUGUCUGCUGAAGACGUGUAUCUGCUGUCUGUGGUGUUUGGAGAAGUGCCUCAACUAUCUCAACCAGAAUGCAUAUGCAGCCACGGCCAUCAACAGCACCAGUUUCUGCACGUCUGCACGCGACGCCUUCGUGAUCCUGGUGGAGAACGCUCUGCGCGUCGCCACAAUCAACGCCGUCGGAGACUUUGUGCUCUUCCUGGGGAAGAUCCUGAUCGUGACGUCGACGGCGUUCGCCGGCGUCCUCCUCCUGAACUACCAGCGGGAUUACGCCGAGUGGCUGCUGCCUCUGAUCAUCGUGUGUCUCUUCUCCUUCCUGGUGGCUCACUGCUUCCUGUCCAUCUUUGAGAUCGUGGUGGACGUCCUCUUCCUCUGCUUCGCCAUCGACACCAAGUACAACGACGGCACUCCGGGGAAGGAGUUCUUCAUGGACAAAGCUCUGAUGGAGUUCGUGGAGAGCAGCCGGCGGUUAGAGCGUGCGGUGGAGCGUGGGCGGAGCCGGGUGAAGGAGGCGGUGUCGGAGGGGGCGGAGAUGAAGCCCAUGGUGAGUGACAGCGGAGGGGGCGUGGCCAGGCGGAAGAGCUCGUCGCAGGAUGUGGGGGCGGGGCUGUGGGAGGAGGAGUGGGAGGAGCUUCAGGAGUUCCAGGUGUACUACCUGCUGGUGGGGGUGCUGGUUGACUGGGUGCUGACGGAGCAGAGCGACCUCGUCCUUUGUCUCAGCGAGGACGUCGUCCUCUUCCUCUGCGUCUGCCUGCCCACCUCCACCCUCUUCCUCUUUGUCAGCCUGCUGCACACGCCAAGCCCCGCCCCCUCCAGAACCAAAUCAGCCGCCGUCACCGCCACGUGCUAACAGACACAUGCUAACUGAUGCAUGCUAACAGACAUGUGCUAACUGAUGCAUGUUGAUUGGAUGAACACUGAGGCAUGCUACCUUGACUCUUUCCCAUCAUCAUCAUCAUCACAGCUGCUUCGUCCUCGUCAUCGACUUUCUGCUGACGUGUCAGUUUGUGUUUUUUACUUUUGUAUCUUUUAUAUUUAAACAGUUUUCUUAACGUUUGUUUGUUUGUUGUUGUUGUUUGUUUUUCUGUCCGGCCUUAUUUUCUCACCGCGCUGCUUUACGGACUCGGCAACAUGAUUGGAUCAUUAAUCUGAAUGAGUCCAGACCACAGAGAGACGGUGUCCGCUGGGUCCUAGCUUCCUCUGAUAAUUCACUUCAGACCAAAUCUGAGAUAAGAAACAGCCUCCAGAGAAUAAAGUAUUCAGGGCUUCGGAUGCCCUCCGGCCUCGUGGUCCUUUUAGCUCCUUAAAACAAGCAAAGAACAAAGUUGUUUUCUUUGUCCAAAGUAAUAAAAUGAUUCAGAGAAAACAAAGAGCAACGUUUGGGAGAAUUAACAUAAUUUUCUGUCACAGUAAUGUUUUUUUUUUUCUUCUCUCAUUACUCAAAUUUAUCUUCCGACCCUCAAGUUUGGAAUCCGUCUCGUAGGGAAAUGAAAUGCAAAUCACGUCUAACAAUAAUAUUUAUUUUAUUUAAAUGUAUAAAUAAUAAAGAGGCUCUCAGCCACCAGACCUGCUGAAAAAGCCCAGAAUAAAAAUAACCACAGCACAAACACAAAUAUUCGUUAGAGCCCGACAGAUAAAUCGGCCGAUAUGAGCUAACUGCAGAUAAAUGGGUAUCAGUGUUUAUAACAGUCGAUAAAUGAAACUAAAAAGAGAGACGGAUCCUUCAGUCAAGCUCAGUCACCUCCUUCCAAGAGUGUUGCACAGUUUGUCCAUCAGGGGGCGCUCUGCAACAGAAUUACCAGCAAGGUAUUCAGGGCUCCAGUGUUCAGUUCAGGAGCAGAGUUUUCUGUGGGAGUUGGGAACUCCCUUUGGGCUUUUUCACUUUGCAAACCUCUUACAUGCAUAAAAAAGAUUUAACAUAAUAAAGCAGAGGGGAGAAGCCAGAAAGCAGAAGAUGACCUCGUUAAAAGAAAAGUUGAAGAAUAUCGGAAUUUAAAACCCUCAAAUGUGAAACUCUGUUUUGGUUUUAACGAGUUCCGUUUAUCAGAGAGGAAGCAACAAACCGUAAGAAGGCGUCAACGCUUCUCAGCUGUCAUCUAACGAAACACAUGUGAGUUCACGACGAGACGCGUCAGUUUCCUGCCGAAGCUUCAGACGGGCUCCUUCAGUCACUUCAGAUUCCCUCAGGUGGGCCCUCCAGGGCCCGUUAAAUCCUCUGCAGGAGGUCAGGGGCCCGUUUGUGACGAUGGGAAAUAAAAGUAUAAAGUAACUUAUUAAAUAUGAAAAACACCGUUUGGUGUGGUGGUGGACUCCGGCCCCGCUGACUGCUCUGACUACCCAUGAUGCUUCACUCUCACCUGCAUCUCACUCCUAACCCCCCCCCCCCGUCACCCUUCCCCAUUUGUUUGUUUGUUUGACCGCCGUGCAGCAGCGUGAAACCUUUAACCAUCUGCGCUCGUUUCCUGUUUCAGGCUCCGGGGACGAGUUCAGCUUGACCAAAAUCAGCCAAUGGGACUUCUUAAAGCAACAGAGACAUUCCAAAUGUUUAUUUUUACCAACGUGUAACAUGUUUACUAUGGUUUCACUCCAGGGAAAACAGUAUUUUAAUAAGAAACUGUACAAACGUAACAAUGUAAUGAAGCACUUUAUACUGAAGCGCUGCAGAUUUUAAACCGGCUGAUGCAUUCUUUCGUAGCGAUGUCCUUUUUUAUAAACAAACUCACGUCUGCGCUCACACGCCACUUCCUAACACCUCCAGCUGUUCUGGUUGAUUAUUAAUGACGAGCUGCGGGUCACACCUGGACGCCAUGUUGCAUCGGGAGCGCUGUCACAUCAUCGGAUGGGCGGAGUCAUCAGCCAUUAUGCUCCAGAUCUGGUGUCGGAGGCCGAGGGGUCAAAGGUCAGACUGCUGCAGCUUCUCUCCUGCUGGUCGGCUGAUCAGGUUUCGUCUGAAUGCGAGAGACUGACGGGACGCGGAUCGAUCGACGCACCGGAUCGAUUAGUGACCGCCAGCUUAAUAUCCAGCAGACGGUGACGCCUGCUUCGGCUUCGAGCGGCCGGCUACUGGCCCGCGGGCCGGGGGUUGGGAACCGCAGCAUUAAAACACACUUCACUUCCUGUUGAUCUACACAGCAGCUGUUCUACGAGUGUGGACACCUGACGCCUGACCUCAGAUCAGCUGUGUCAGGAGUUUUCAUGACCUCACAGACGCCCGCUUGCUCGCCACAACAACAAAACGUUUAUCCAGGUCACAACAUUUCAUAAAUUCUCAUCAUCGCCUCGCCGCUGUAGCUCCGUCGGACUCACCGUCACAUCGACGCAUCAGAACCAGCUGGUCUCUCUCAGAUGGUACGCCACCCGGGUACUCACGGUACAUUUUGCCGUACUUUUCAGUGUGAACACGCUUGUGCACUCCAAACAGUGAGUGUGAGUACAGAAAGACAGAAAUUCUUUUUAUGCCACGUUCCGUCAAAACCCGUCGCCUACGCCGCCCACAAUGCACCUCUGUGAUGUUGUGGCAAAAAUCACAAUCACGAUUAUUUAACAAUUACUGAUCAACGUAGGAAACGUGGUGAAUUUACUGAACUUCAUUUUUAGAAAUUAAAAACAGGACCAGAGCAGGUGAACUACUCGACGCCUCGGAAACCGCGGCGUUCUGUCUGGAGACGCAGAGACUCAAAUUAGAAAACUAUAAAUCCAGUAACACGUUAGCAGGCGGGGACACGUGGACGUUUUACCCGCACAGAGCAGGUGAACGACGCUCAGCUCACCUGCUUUAGCGCGAGGAGAGGAAAGGCGGCUCUAACAGGCAGUUUGGGCUUUUAGGGAAAGUGCUCUGGAUUUAUGACACAAGACUAAACGAGUGUGCAGCACAAUAAUCAUUUUUUAGAAUCAGACGUUUGGGAUUAGCAGCAGCAGCUCUCCUCGGUCUGACUCAGGUGACAUCAGGUGAGGACAUUUAUCGCACAGCCUCCUCUGAGACCCUGAAGGCGUCACAAGAGACUCGCUGAGGUGGAGAAUCAAUUUAAUGUACGUUAAAACGAAGAAGCGGAGCGACUUCCUUUCCAAACACUGACGGAUUAAAAGAUGUGAUCCGGCGCCUCCGCCCGGCCGGUCGCGGUACUGCGGCCCGAGGAGCUCCUUUAUUAAAGAGUUUCUGUCCCUCGGUUUCGUUACCUUUGAUGGCGUAAAAAGAAACCUUAAAACGUUCAGAUGAAGUGUAUAACGGAGCGGGAGGUCAGAACAGGUCGAGUGUGUUCUUGUGGGUUCCUGUUAGAAGACGAGCUGCCGUGUUUUGGACUAAAAAACUCUGGAUCUGUCAGUUCUGAUUAGUUUUCCUGGAAAGUUUCCUAGACAGAACCAGAAGCGAUCAGUUGGUGGACAAAAUAUUUAAAAUAGAUUUAUAUAAAUGAUUACUGGCUUUGAAAUGGAGCGUUUCUUUCAUGGAAGUUUCUCUGCUAAUUAAUUUACCCGACUGAACUAAACUUUAAAGUGUUCUCCCCCCGAUCGGCUCCGAACAACACGGCUCUUUCUUUCCAGGAAACCGUCCUGGAGGGUUUCUGUGAGAUCAUGAAAAUCCCUCUGCAGAUCUGAACAGGUCAGAGUUCAGCUGGACCCGUCAAGACUUGGUCAGAGUGUAAUCAGUAAUCCAAACGGAUCAGCUGGAUCCACACGAGCAUCUUCACCCGCAGCAGGUUUUACUCGCCCGUUCGAAGCUGCUGAUCUGAACAGAAACCAAACGUGUGGAGGUUAAACCUGGUUCUGGGGUCCUGGACCCGGCUGCACCAGAUGUUCUCACGUGAAGUGUUUUCUGAGUCCAAACCUGUGACGGACGGACGAGGAUUAUUGAUCAGCAGCUGGUGCUUGUGGACGCUUAAAACCACUUUCUGAUUGGACGCCGCCACAUGUUCUCAUGUCCGACCGGUGCGACCCGGUUCAGUCAGUCCUGGUCCUGGUGUCUAGUUUCACGGCCUUAAUGAUUUGGGUUUGUUUGUUUAACAUGUAAAUAGUUCUGUUCCUAAAUAAAGUUGUGUUCUAUCAGAGUGCUUCACAGUAACUAACCUGCAGCAGCACGCCGGCGCCGGCCGUCGUCAUAGAAACUAGCUUUCCUGUCCCUGGAGUAGGAAUCCGAUUGGUCGCCGAUGGCGGCCUGUUGAACGCCUCACGUUGCAGCGACGCCUGUUUCAGACUCCAUGUGGGCCGAGGUCAUGAACUGGUCCUCCACGCGGAGGCGGGGCGCCUGCAAGGUGAGGGUCAUGUGACCAACGAGGGGUCGCCAAGCUAGCGCGAUUUUAAAGUUUUAUGGAUGCAAAAGAGAAUCUUUCAGAACUUUGUCAGAGCAGGGCGGCUGACGUUUCCGUCACUAGCAAACAGGCUAGCAGAGCUACCAGGAACCUGCCUGUAGUCCGUCACAUGACCCGCAGCUCGCAGCGUGGUUCUGAAUGCUUUGUUGUGACGUGGAGUCGGUGACGGGCGUCGGCGUCGCGUCAGCUGAUCUGUGACGGAGACGACCCACAGUCAGAUUGGAACACUUCCUGUCCUGGAGUUGGGUCUCCUCCUCACCGUCUGAAACCGCCGCGGCUUGAAGUCAAAGCGCUGUUUCACAUUAAAAUCCACAGAAGAAGAAGGUGAGACGUGUGUGGGCGGAGCUUCCUGUGGAGGCGCCAGCUGAGUUCAGACCGUCAGCAAUAAAACAAACUGCGUCAUGUGACCACAUCAACAACAAGUCUUCCUGCUUCUGUUCCUCCAACACACCGUCUCACAUUUAACGUUCAGUCCAACACGAGCCGAUGGGCCGGCGAGAAAGGUCGCAGGGCCGCGAGGUCACACCCCGUGUGUUUCGGUCGAAAGCUCAGAGCAGAGCCAGUAAGUGGACCUUUGAGUGGUUUUGUCUCACAUAUUUGGGCGACGCAACCAGAACCAGCACUUCCUGGUGACUAACCGCAGCUUGUUGCCCUGCAGGCCGAGCUGAAUCCAAACGUCCAGAGGUCGCCGCCGCCGCCACGAGUCACCAGAAUCCUGGACUCAUUUAAAGCAGAUCCGCAGAUCAAAACCAGGCGGCCCGGUAACAUUAGAACAGCUGAGCUGUGUGUCAGCAGAGAUCCUGAACGUUGGACAGAAGCCCGGCGCCGUCCUGGACGCCAUAACCAUCAAACAGUUUGAAUUAUUUACACUGUUUCUGACGGUUUCACCGGGACGAAUUAAUAGGCUCAGAAUUAAACAAGUGAAAACACGAUCAGUGCAGCAGGAAGUCAGCCGCAGGAAGUCAGCCGCUGGAAGUGAGCGGGACGUUUGGAUUCAGCCUGGCGGUUUGAACAGCUGUGGAGUCGUCGCUCCUAAAGUUCAAACACCUGCCGGCGUGUCUCUGAUGACGAACGCUGUUUUAAAGUGCAGCUGUUGUGUUUGUGUGAUCAGAGGUCAGGCUGCGACUGUUCCCAUCAUCCUUCACUUCACACGAUAAACAGCUGAUCUGAGAGCAGUUUAAAGGAGCAGCUGAGUCGCAUUAAAAGACGUUAUUGUGAACACGCCGACUAAACGCACUGAACACAGAGUUCAGUCAGUUUGAAGAGGAUGUUUGGAGCUCAGAUAUUAACACACACGUUUAUUCAAACGUCCUGAAAAGAAACUUUAAUGUUGGAAACAUUUAAAUUCUGCUUCUCUCACAUUUAUAACAACGUUUAGUUUGGGUCAUGUGACCGCGGCGGCGGGCGGAUUGACCUGCUGACUGCAGGAACUGAAGCGUUUCAGACAAACGGCCGAACUGAUUAUUGAUGAACAGCUAGAGCUGGAAGCGACGACGCGGUUAAUAAUGUCCCAGAGUCCAAACGGACCGACCGAAAACCUGAACGUCUCCGUCUGGUUCUGAUUACAAGAGAAACUGAGAUUGGUUGAAAGAAAAGUUCCAUUAAACCAGGAAAUAUUCACGUGUCGGAAACUUAAAUAAUAAAAGUUGUCAGUAGACACGCGUUCACGCCGGCAGCUCGGUGACGUCGUUAGUUAGCUGCUGAGCUAACGGCUAACGUGCUAUCGAUUCACUGUUAAAACGUCACGUCGCGUGUUUUCGAUCGUCGUGGUUCGGCCGUUUUGUUCCUCGGCUUCCUUCCUCCAGAACAAGUUGCAUGUCCCCGUUCUUCUGCUCCGAAUAAUCUGCCGUCGGAGUCGCAGGACGGAAAACGUUUCCGUUCACACGUGACUCGUCUUCGCACGAGGGCCGGCAGCGUACGUAGAGACAAGUUCAGACUUUAGGCUGACACGUAAGUUUAACGUAACACUAGUGUGUAGGUGAGCAGUUGUUUGUAACAUUGAAGAACUUUUUAUUUUGUUCUGGGUUUUUUAUAUUUAUCAUUUCUUA